GUCAGCAGAUGCUCACUUGUUGACAACAGAGGAGAGGAACCAAGUUAUACUCGACCUUAAAGCAGCAGGAUGGUCAGAAUUAAGAGAGAGAAAUGCCAUCUACAAAGAGUUCUCCUUCAAAAAUUUUAAUCAGAUGGCGUAAAAUCAGGGAAUACAGCACUUAUCUCUGUGCUGGUCAUCAAGUCACACAGUGGGAGGAACCCUGCUGUCAUUGAGGAAGCCAAGGCUGAAAGAAGAGUAACUGUGCAGGAUUUGCAACUGGUCAUAAUUCUCAAGGUUGCAGUGAAGAAUGCAUCUCAGACACCAGGGCCUUUGGCUUUAUGUCUCGAGUUGCUCUACAAGCAGAGAAGAUGAAUCAUCACCCGGAAUGGUUCAAUGCCUAUAACAAGGUCCAGAUAACUCUCACCUCGCAUGACUGUGGUCAACUGACCAAAAGAGACGUGAAGCUGGCCAAGUUUAUUGAAAAAGCAGCUGCUUCUUUGUGAUUUCUUUCAAAAUGCUUGUAAAAUCUUAUACACAUCUUAGGUGUAAUGUACUUUGAGGGUGAUUUACAUGAACAAAUUAAGCUGAAAAUUUAGUUCACCUUUCUACCACAUUUUGUAAAAUCAGUGCUUAAAUACAAAAUGAUUUAAAUUUGAGCCUGAGGUAUUUUUCAUUAUAUCUAAGUCACAUAUAUAAGGCAUACCAACCGAGGUAAUUGUAUUAAUAAUACAGUAUUGAAAAAGAGAAGUAGCAUUUUUAAAGACCAGAAAUUGGGAUGGAGGAGCAUUCACACAUUUUAUAACCUGGAAAUUCAAGUGAUUAUGUUGACUUUACAAAUGCAUUGUGUUAGAGAAUAGUUGUAAGGUAGAAAAAGAAUGAUAAACUCUGUAGGUAAAGGGUUGUAACCAUCUGUAACAAUUCUUAUGAAGUUAAAAUUGAUUCUUUAGCUGCUGUUAUUAAUUAGAUUUACAAAGUCACAAAAA